AUGGGCUGUUUUACCCACCGCUUCCGAGCGGUCGUCGUCAUCGCGGCAUUUUGCUGUCUAACCUCGAUCAAUUCGAACUAUAUUACGAUGAAUUUCACGUUUAUCUGCAUGAAAAAUGAUAUGGAAGGGGCGAUAGAAGACACCAAUGGGACAUUGCAUAGUCGAUUCGACUACACCCCUGCCGAAAAGAGUAUGAUCGUUUGGGCGGUGGCGGCUGGGACGAUAAUUGGGACUUUUCCAAUAAAUUGGGCUUAUAUAAAUUAUGGAGCGAGAUUCCCCUUCUUCAUCGCUGGUAUACUGUCCGUAAUAGCCACAGCCCUAAUCCCAUUUGCUGCCUCCUUCUCUUUCCACUCAUUGCUGGGACUACGGUUUAUACAAGGUCUAGCCUAUUCCGCCGAUUUUGCAGCUAUAGGCCUUGUUGUCGUACGCUGGGCUCCUCUUGCCGAAAUCGGGAUAUUUGGGGCGGCGUUGACGUCGUUUACAUCAAUUUCCUCGACGAUUACGAAUCCGUUGAGUGGAUGGAUCUGCAAAUCCGGCCUCGGAUGGCGUUGGGCCUUCUACGCACAUGCAGCAAUUGCGGCGACUUUCUUCCUAGCGUGGCUUUUCGUCUAUGAGGAUGACCCUGCCAGCCAUAGACGAGUGGACGAAAAGGAACUCAAAACAAUUCAGAAGAACAAGAGCAAGGCCCAUAUUGAGGGUGAUAGUUUCGUGCCGUACUUGGCUAUUUUCAAAAACAAGACCAUCCUCGUUGUUUGGCUGAACUCGUUCAGUGAGAUGACGACGGUUACGUUAAUGCACACCUAUGUGCCGUUGUAUUUGCAUACGGUUCUCGGCUUUGAUAUUGUCAGCACUGGAAUUUUGGCUGCGUGCGCUGCUUUUACACACGUACCCCUCAAAUACCUUUCUGGGUACUGCAGCGACAGAAUCAGGGCUGUCAGCGAAAUGGCAAAAAUGCAAGGUUGCAAUUUGAUUGCUGUCGGAAUGGCCGGAAUGUGUUGUAUCAUGUUGGGCCUGGUCAAGCGGGCUGGUGAUGGCUGGGCAGCUUUUUACUUCAUCGUGAUGGUCCAGGUGACGAUGGCGGCGAACUGUGGAGGGUUUUACAAGUGUGGAACGUUGGUGGCAAGGCAAUACGCUCACUUCGUCCUGGCAGCCGUCCAGUUCAUGAAAUGCAUCGCGCUGAUCACAGCCCCUGCCAGCUGGGCAUUAUUUGUUACUGAUGAAACAGACAUCGUCCAAUGGUCCCACGUCUUCUACCUCAACGGCGUCGUGUUAAUCUUUGCAAGCAUCGUCUUUUUCUUUGUCUGCACCGACCAGCCGGCCGAGUUUACCCAUAUCACCAGAGAAAAUCCUGAAGGCAAAAGGAUUAUGCCGGAAAUUUCGGACUCGGAAAAGCCGCCGAUCGAAAUGCAGACCACCACAAAUGUA